UUUUGGUCCAGCCCAUCUAAUUUCUUCCAAGUAUUGGGCUUUCCAACUAAAGUCCAGCCCAUAAUUCUUCUUCGUCCGAUCCACUAUCAAAUUUCCGGCGAGACGAAGUUAGUGAACUGCAAAAGCAAGGUUACGACGAUCAAAGGUCUCCGAGAAUGAGUGCAGGUGGAGCAUUUGGUGGAAAUAGAGGACUGAGACCAGUGCCACCUGAAAAAGGAGUUUUUCCUCUGGACCAUAUGCAUUUAUGUGACCUGGAGAAGAAAGAGUACCUCAAUUGUCUUAAAUUCUCUGGGCAUAAAUCUGACAACUGUAGACACCUCUCUAAAAAGUACCUGGUGUGCCGUAUGGAGAAGAACCUGAUGGCAAAACAAGACAUGUCGGAACUUGGCUUUGGCAAGAACUAUGAUGCAGAAACUUCUUCAGAGGAAAGGACCAACGGAACAAUAGAAAAAUGAAGAAUGAAGAAGAUCGUUAAAUUUUGUUAUUUUCUGGGAUCCUUUUGAGAAGCCUGGGUAGAAAGUUAUACAUACAAGCUGUACUAUUUUGAUGUGACAACUUUCAUAGUUGCUUAUAGCAGGUCCUUUCAUAAAUGUAAUGUUUUUUAACCCCCAAAUCCCAACUUGGCUUCUGCAUAACCUUCAUUUUUUCAGCCUCCCUUUUUCCUUUUCUUCUUGUGAAUGAAUUGUGUAUCCUGAGAGCAAAAGUGUAUGGAUAAGAUAAGGAAAUGCUAUGAUACAUUAAAGAUUGGACAGAAGUCCUAUGCUAUGUAUAGUAAAUUAAGUGUUCAUUA